CAAAUUCACUGCUCAUGGAAAUAAACAAAAGGCUUUCCUAAAGAUAAAAUGUAUGAUUUUCUUGACCGAUGUCCGGGCAUGUAUUGCGGCCGCACGCAGCUCGAAAAUGGCACCUGGAGUGCUUGUGGGAGUUGCCCUCGAGGAUCACGGGUAAAUGACAGUUACGCGUGUAACACCUGUCGGGAGGACCUGACGACCUACUCCUGGCUAUACCUGGGCUUCAUGACCAUGUUGCCUCUUAUGAUGCACUGCUUCUUUAUUGAUCUAGAUGCAAAGGAUCGAAAGUUUUCACGAAAACAAUUAAUCCUCACGACCAGCGCCUUUAUUGAAGUCGCAUUGGCUGCCCUUCUGGCUACGCUUUUCAUGGAGCCAAUUUGGGAAUUGCGCCUUUUUGCAUGCGAAGUGGAAAAACUCACCGACUGGUAUACCCUCUUUUACAACCCGAAUCCAAAUUACGAGGCGCGAGUACACUGCACCCAGGAGGCGGUUUAUCCGUUGCAAACAAUCGUGCUGGUGUUUUACUUUUUGUGUCUAGUGAAUAUGUUUCUUAUUCGACCAGUCGUCAGCAUCUCGCUGGAUGUGCGCGGCAAGGCUCCGAUAUAUUCAGCACUGUAUUUUUUGCCAUUGCUAACACUUGUACAUGCAUUGGGAUGUGGUCUGAUUUAUUAUUCGUUCCCGUAUCUAAGCAUCGCCAUAUCCAUGGUAGCCAAUGCCAUACACUAUUCCCUUAAACUGGACCAGACGCUAAAGGCGCUCGUCCGAUCUACGGUGUGGGAAGUAAAGAACAUUGUCAUUAUUACUGUUCAUUGGCUACUUCUGGCCUUCGGCAUCGCCUCUUUGGACUACCAUUACGCUUUCAUGGCCGUGGUGCCCUUGCCAACGUUGUUCUACAUCCUGACCGUUCGCUUUACGGAUCCUGCCGAGUUUCGUGAGAUGGAGUCGCGUAUUUGAUGCAGCCAGCGAGAAGUUAAUUAUGAAACGCCCGGUGCACGACCGGCUAUCGUUUUCUAUGUGUAAUAAGUUUUCGUAUUGUUUAAAUUAUUGCCCACUAGUGUAAGAAUUCUCACCUUGUGAUUGGAGUGAUUGAAGAGAGAACGCAAGUUCUUUUCGUUUUAAUUAUAUUUCACAUUAAUUAUACACAUAUAAUAAUAUUAAAUACAAAUCUUCA